UGACAAAGCCCGAUUGUCCCAGGGCCCUUUCCCCACAGCUCCCGGCCCCUCCCCAGCCUGGUGCAGAGGCGGGGGCCAGCUUGGUGACACACCCUUUCUCGUUGGCUCUUUGCACUUUCCCGGGGACACGAAUGUCCGGAGCACCCACAGCGGGACUCACAGGCAGAAUCCUGUGACCAGCAGGCAGCUGCCACCAGCAGGAAUGGCCAUGAAGAUGCUGACCGUGGCCCUGGUUCUCCUGGCUGGAGCCUUCGCAGAGGAGCAGGAGAAACUGGUGCACGGAGGGCCCUGCCACAGGGACUCUCACCCCUACCAAGCUGCUCUCUACAACUCGGGCCACCUGCUCUGCGGCGGGGUCCUCAUCGACCCGGAGUGGGUUCUCACGGCUGCCCACUGCAAAAAAGAGAAGCUUCAUGUCUACCUAGGGAAGCACAACCUUCGACAGUCGAAGAAUACAGAGGACAUUUCUGUGAUCAAGACUGUGGUCCACCCUGGCUACAAUCCUGCCACCCAUGACCAGGACAUCAUGUUGUUGCGUCUGUCCAAACCUGCCAAGCUCUCCGACUGGAUCCAGCCACUGCCUCUGGAGAGGGACUGUGGGGCCAGAUCACCCCGCUGCCACAUCCUGGGCUGGGGCAAGACAGAACAAGGUGUCUUUCCUGACACCAUCCAGUGUGCCUAUGUCCACAUCGUGCCCCAGGAGAAGUGCGAUCAGGCCUACCCCGGCCAGAUCACCAGGAACAUGGUGUGUGCUGGAGAUCCGGAAGAAGGAAAGGAUGCCUGCCAGGGUGACUCCGGGGGCCCACUGGUCUGUGGAGGCCGCCUCCGGGGCCUGGUGUCCUGGGGUAACGUCCCCUGCGGAUCCAAGGAGAAGCCAGGAGUCUACACUGACGUCUGCAGAUACGUCAGCUGGAUCCAAAGAACCAUGCGAGGCCACUGGCCCUGACACACACAUCAGCUCUUGCUCUCUGACCCCUGGCUGGCUCCGGAGUCUCUCCCUAGGCCUCGCCUGCCCAUCCGGCCUUUGAUGCUUCGAAAGGGGAGUGACAGGCCAGAGAGCACCCAUUCUCCCUGGCUGCUCCCCAGCCCCACCCUUGCCUCACUAGGGGUGGGGACAGGGAGGAUCCGGGUGCUGCCUGCAACUCCAAGGGGCAUAGGGAGAGCCCUCCUCCCGCCUGUCACUCCAAGGGUCUGUUUCCUUCCUGGAGAUGCAAUUCCAGCUCUGCUGCUUGCUGUCUGUGUCCCCUUGAGAAACGCUUCACUUUAGAGAGCGUUUCCUCACCUGUGAAACUAGGACAGUGAAACGUUCCUCACAAGACCUUGGCCAUUAGGAGGAUGAAAGGCUUCAAACACGUGCGACGCACAGAGCAGUGCCUGGCUCCCUCCAUGUGCCCAAUAAAAGGCGGAUUUUAUCCCAA